CUGAGGAAGUAAAAUGAAAAGGGCUUUUGUUUUAGAGUAAUAAAUGAUGUGAUGCUAAAUGUGAGUUUAGUAUGAAGCUGCAGACAGAAACAUCAGACUCAUGACAGAAACACACGACCUCUAAAAAAUGGACCAAACUCUGUAUUUCAUUCUUCUUCUCAUUGCUCUCUGCUCCGUAUCUGAAUGUGUUCAGCGUCGGUAUCACUUUAUAAAUGAGAACAAGACCUGGACUGAAGCUCAGAGAUACUGCAGAGAGAAAUACACAGAUCUUGCCACCGUUGACAACAUGAACGACACGAACGAGCUGAAGAAUUGUGUGAAUGACGGAAAUGUUCGGUAUGUCUGGAUUGGGCUGCAGAAGACGGGUCGUGAUAAAUGGCAGUGGCCUUCAGGUGAACCUGCGCAAUAUCUGAACUGGUCUGCUGGACAACCAGAUGGCAAAGAUGAUUGUGCUAUGAUGUUAGAAGGACAAUUGCAUGAUUUGCCGUGUAAUGAUAGCCGGCAUUUCAUCUGCAACAACACAAACACAGGACUCGUCCUUGGAAAUCAGACGAUGAAUUGGAGAGACGCUCAGAGUUACUGCAGACAGAAUCACACUGAUCUGGUCAGUGUGAGGAACCAGAAUGAGAAUCAACAGGUUAAGCAGUUCAUUAGUGAUAGACAGUUAUCUGGAUCACAUGUCUGGAUCGGUCUGUUCAGAGACUCAUGGCAGUGGUCAGAUCAGAGUAACUCCUCAUUCAGAUACUGGGCUCCUAGACAACCUAACAUUAAUAGAGAUGGUGAAAAUUGUACAGUGAUUAACUACUCUCAGGGACAAUGGCAUGACAAGUCUUGCACCACCCAAUAUCCUUUUGUGUGUCAUGAAGAUAAACUGAUUGUGAUCAAGGAGAAUCUGACGUGGUCUGAAGCUCUGGGAUACUGCAGACAGAAUCAUGUGGAUCUGGUCUCAGUUUAUUCAGAAGAGAUUCAGCGUCGUGUGAUGAAUGUGGUUAAACGGGCGUCUACUGCGGUGGUGUGGUUGGGUUUACGUCACUCCUGCACUGUGGGCAUCUGGUUCUGGGUGAGCGGAGAGACCGUGUGCUAUCAGAACUGGACUCCAGGGAACGGCACAUCAGAGGAGGACUGUGAACACACAGUGAGAUCUGGAGCAGUUCAGUCUGGAGGAGAUCAGCACUGGAUCAGCCGUCCUGAAACUGACAAACUCAACUUUAUCUGCAGCAGAUAUUAAGACUGAAAGGAUACACAGACCUUAAUGUAAGAAAACAAAUGCUUGUGUUUUCACAUCCUUUAACUUCAUUUUUUUUUUUUUAUUUACCACUUUGUAAUAAUUUUAAUAAUUUCAGUCUCAGCAGGCAGUCGUACCUGAUGAGGGUUAAAAACGCAGAAACGUUUUGCACAGAUGUUUGUUAAAAUAGUUCAAAUACAUUCUUCCGUGAACUGUUCAUGUAUGUUUUAUAUUCACAAAUUUGUAAGAUGUGAAAUGAUUUCCUCAUGAAUUUAAAGUCCAGGAACUCUGACAAAACAGAUGCCAUGCAACAAAACAAUAAAACUAAUCUGGAGAAGAGAUCUUCAAAGAGGGCAAACAACACCAUCCCUAUUGCUCAUUUACAACCCCCUUCCUCCCUCUCCUCUCCCCCCCCCUGCAUCUCACACGUUUCCCCCAAAAGGUUCCACUGAAAGUCACUAAGAAUGUCCAUAUUCUACAUGAGUUACACUUUGUGAAUAUGUUGAACUUUCCCUUUCAUGUUUGGUAUCGUUAUAAAGGUCUCCGUGCGAUUGGUAAAAUGGUCUCAAUUUCACAGAAGUCACUUAUAUUAUGAGGAAGACUGAACACUUUUGUAGAAUUGUGUUUUGCUGCUGAGGGGUGUGUUUUCCCCUUAGGGUCAGGUGAGAAUCCCAGCAAGGUGUGACCCUGGGUCACGAGAUCUCCUGACAAACCAAAAGGUUUUUUAUGUGUUUACAACUGAUUAGAAGAUUUGUUUGUUUUGGUCUGGGUAUAUAAGCGAAGUGACAAAACA